GCAUCAAUCCACAUAUCCCUUGACAUGACAUCCAUACUGCUGGACAAUGUACACAAUGUAUUCUACUAGCUAGUAUCUCAACUAGGCUACAAUAGCUUCCGAACAUAUUGUACGCUUCAACGACGCUACUCCGUAGAGGUAGGAGACCUUCACAUUCAGGGCUGUGUAUUUAUCCUGCAUGAAGUUCACAGACACAAGCUGCUAGGUGGGAUGGAAUUAGGGGAUGGGGACUCAGUCCUUCUAGCGCUAGAACGGGGCUGCGCGUUAUGCAGAACAGAAGCUGCUGAGCCAAACAGUCAGUCAGACGCUCGAAGUCAACAGCCGAACCCGUUCGGUAACGGGCGGAAAGGUUUCCCGAAGUGAAGGCAAAGGUGAAGUCCUACAGAAAGCAACGGACAACGGAUAAAUUGACACGAGACACAACGGAGGGCGCCAAGGAUGUAUAAUUCACGUCGUCGUCUCAUCGUGUAGAGAGAGACUGGGGAACAGAAAGGACCGUUUUGGAAUCAAGCUCCUCUGUGCCAUUCGGUUGUUCGGGGGCGACGGAGACUGGUUGUUUACGGUUACAUUAUCUUGGACGGAGUGAAAACAACGUGAUAUUACGAAGGAAAACCCUGCCUGUUCCGUGCAUUUGGCGGCACAGCUUUAAUGAGGAAACAGACCUAACGACGCUGCUGAAGGGGGGGACCCGCCUGAACAAGUAUGGGGUCGCCAUGGAAACCACUUCUCCUGCUGUCCGUCAUCAGUGGCCUUUCAGACUUUGCUGUAGCAGUACGGCCAGUGUCAUACGCAGCAGUGUUGAGAAUGAAACCAGACAUCUCCUCAUCGCUGCUCAGUUCGUGGCCCCGGCCUCGACACCGAUAUGACCACGGCAGAGGGCUGGUGACUCCUGACUGGCCGGCAUCGUUCUCCAACCAUCACCUGUCUACCCUCAGUCUGCUCAGCUCUCAGGAGGAAUACAGGAGCCAAGAGCGUGAAGAGUUGGGGCCGGUGUUCGUCCAGGAACCACAUGACGCCAUAUUUGCGCUGGACUCUGAGGAGAAGAAAGUUAUGAUGAGCUGUGAAGCCAGAGGCAACCCUGCACCUGUAUACAGUUGGUUCAUCAAUGGAACAGCGGUGGACGUGGAGGCAGAUUACCGUUACAGCUUGAUCGACGGCAACUUAAUAAUAGCCAACGCCAGUGAGACGGCAGACUAUGGGAGAUACCAGUGUAAGGUGGAGAACAGCUACGGGACGGUCCUGAGUCGGGAUGCCCUGCUACAGUUUGCCUAUCUGGGAUCCUUCAGUGGGAGGACGAGAGGAGGCGUGUCUGUAAGGGAAGGACAAGGAGUGGUGCUCAUGUGUACCCCACCCCCUCAUUCACCAGAGAUCAUGUACAGCUGGGUGUUCAACGAGUUCCCAUCGUUUGUUGCCGAGGAUAGCCGGCGGUUCAUCUCCCAGGUAACGGGCAACCUGUACGUGUCCAAGGUGCAGCCUAGCGACGUGGGCAGCUACAUCUGUCUGGUGAAGAACACGGUGACCAACGCCAGGGUCCUCAGCCCGCCCACGCCACUCACACUCAAAACAGAUGGUCUAAUGGGAGAAUAUGAGCCUAAAAUCGAGGUGCAUUUCCCCCUGUCUGUCCCGGCUGCCAGAGGAGUCACGGUGAGGCUGGAGUGUUUCGCUCUGGGGAAUCCUGUCCCGACAAUCACGUGGAGGAAGAUGAACGGUAACAUCCCUAAGAAGGCUCGUCUGAGGAAAUCCCAGGCUGUUCUGGAGAUCCCCAAUGUCCAGCUGGAGGACUCGGGGACCUACGAGUGUAAAGCAGAGAACCCCAGAGGAGGAACAGCCUUUAAGGGACACCUCCAGGUCUACACCUUCCCCCAGUGGAUCAGCACGAUAAACGACAGCCAGUUGGACAGCGGAGAUCAGCUGCACUGGGAGUGCAAGGCCACAGGGAAGCCUAGACCCACCUACCGCUGGCUCCGCAAUGGAGAGCCGUUCACACCACAGAGCAGGGUGGAGAUGGGGAAUGGCGAGCUCAUCAUCCAGAAGGUCCAGCAGGCUGACUCUGGGAUGUACCAGUGUGUCGCUGAGAACAAAUACGGAGCCAUCUACUGCAGCGCAGAACUCAACAUCUUAGCGUCAGCCCCAGUCUUCAGCCCUAACCCUGUCCGUCUGAUCGCCACGCUGGGGAAAGACAUGCUGCUGGCGUGUAGACCCCGAGCAUCUCCCAAGCCUAGAGUAACAUGGAGGAGAGGAGACAGACACAUUCAGACCAGCAGAAGGAUAAUGCUGUUACGAAACAACACGCUGAGGAUCAUCAACUCCACCCGCUCUGACGAGGGGAACUAUGUCUGUCGAGCCGAGAAUCAGUUUGGCUCGGCUGAGAUGACGGCCAUGCUCUGGGUAAAAGAGGCCAUGCGUGUGGACCUGAGCCCCAGCAGGGUUGAGGUGACAGUGGGGGAGAGCGUGGUGCUCAGUUGCAGGGUGUCACAUGACCCGUCUCUGGACGUGGCCUUCCAGUGGCUCCUCAACCAGCAGCCCCUCAACUUCCAACAGGAGGGCGGACAUUUUGAAUAUACCCAAACACAGUCCUCCACGGUGGACCUGAUGAUCAGAAGCAUCCUGCUGAAGCAUGCUGGGAAAUACGGCUGCCGGGCUCAGACCAGCGCCGACACGGUGUUUGCUGAGGCUGAAGUCCUCGUUAGAGGCCCCCCGGGACCCCCUGGUGUGGUGAUAGUAGAGGAGAUCAUGGACAAUACAGCCACCCUGUCGUGGAGUGGAGGGGUGGACAACCACAGCCCCAUCAGCAGCUACAAUCUCCAGGCCCGGAGCCCCUUCUCCCUGGGCUGGCAGACCCUCAGAACAGACCCAGAGCCAGUGACAGGGGACAUGGAGUCAGCCAUGGCUGUGGAGCUCAACCCCUGGGUGGACUAUGAGUUCAGGGUGGUGGCCAGUAACGCUAUCGGAACAGGAGACCCUAGUGCCCCAUCCAGGGGGGUUCGCACUAAAGAAGCAGUCCCCUCGGUGGCCCCAGCUAACGUCAGUGGAGGGAACGGCCGCAGACAUGAACUGGUCAUCUCCUGGGAGCCUGUGUCUGAGGAGUUCCAGAAUGGCGAGGGCUUUGGCUACAUCGUGGCGUUCAGAGCCAAUGGGACGCGAGGAUGGAAGGAGAAGAUGGUGACAUCAGCAGAUUCCACUACGUACAAGUACAGAGACGAGACCUUCCCUCCCCUCACCCCCUUCGAAGUGAAGGUGGGCGUGUACAACAACAAGGGAGAUGGACCCUUCAGUGGUGUGGUCACUGUGUACUCUGCAGAGGGGGAGCCCAGAGAGGCCCCAUCUGAGGUGAAAGCUUCCAGCAUUUCCUCUUCGGAAAUUAAAGUAACUUGGAGACCGCCCAGCCCUGGCCCUGGGAGACCACGGGGAUACGAGGUGAGCUACUGGAAGGACAGUGAGCAGGAGGAGUCAGGGAACAGGAAGAAGACAGCAGGGAACGAGACGUCUAUGGUGCUGACAGGCCUGGAGGGGAGCAGUGUGUACCUCAUCACAGUCAGAGGCUUCAACAGUAUCGGCCAGGGCCCUGCAUCAACCGCUAGCACCGCCAAGACCAAGAAAGACCCUCCAGUCCAGCCUCCAGCCAAUCUUGUGUGGAUUCAGGAAGGGACUAACGUAUCAUUAAACUGGGAUCCGGUUAAGUCCAAAGACAACGAGUCAGAUGUCAUAGGAUACAAGGUGUUGUUGAGUCAGGAGGGGCGUGUCCACAAUCAGGUGAUGAGGACCAUCACCCCGUCGGCCGUCCUCUCUCUCCCGGAGGGGGGCACCUACAUCAUUGAGGUGCGGGCGGUGAGUGAGGGGGGAGAGGGAGCAACCAGCUCCCAAGUCAGAGUACUCACCUCUUCAGGUGUCCGGGUGAAGAGUGGCCAGCGUUCGGUUCACAGCCUGCUACCAUGGGGUCUGACAUGGCCAUGGACUAUAGCGCUGCUCCUUUCUGUUCCUCUGGUGCCUUCAGCUUCCUGUUGAGGCCUCCGCCUCCUCCAUCCCUCCAUCCUCCUUUACUUGGAGGGACCUCUCCUGCUUUCCUCAUCCCUCAUUCCUUCCUUCCAUCCCUCCCUUCCUCAGACUGUCUGCUUGCUCUGGCCUUACGCAUCAGCCAGUCAGGCCCAGGGCCUGCCAAGGAAAUCCACUCCUGACACCAACAAACCAUAUCCAUCAGCCAGUCAGGCCUAGGGCCUGCCAAGAGGAUCCACUCCUGACACCAACAAACCAUAUCCAUCAGCCAGUCAGGCCUAGGGCCUGCCAAGGAAAUCCACUCCUGACACCAACAAACCAACAGAUUGUUUACAGAUGACGGAUGGUUAAAAAACAACUAUUAUUUUCUGGGAGCGGAACUAAACUUUAUUUAGUAUGUUUUGGCAGUUCUUUCCAAUCAUCACUUGUAGUGUUGUACUGUAACUGUGCACUCUAGUUUAAUCAUUUAGUUUGCAUCCCAAAUGGUACCCUAUUCCCUAUAUAGUGCCGUAUGGGGCCGGUCAAAAGUAGUGCACUAUGUAGGGAAUAGGGUGCCAUUUUGGGACGUAGCUUACCUUAACUUUAUGGGCUGUUGUUUUCUGGUCAUUGACUGGUGACUGGCAUCCAACUGCUCUGAGGCUCUACAGAGUGUGAACAAUUCCCUGAAAGCUGCUGCUGUUGAGGUGUUCUGGGUGUCUGACUGUCUGUCUGGCUGACUGUCUGACUGGCUGUCUGGGUGUCUGGCUGGGUGUCUGUCUGGCUGUCUAUUUGUCUGUAUGUCUCUGUCUGUCUGUCUGUCUGUAUGUCUCUGUCUGUCUGUCUGUCUGUCUGUGUCUGUCUGUGUCUGUAUGUGGCUGUCUGGCUGGCUGUCUGUCUGUCUGUGUCUGUCUGUGUCUGUCUGUGUCUGUCUCUGUCUGUCUGUGUCUGGCUGUGUCUGGCUGUGUCUGUCUGUGUCUGUCUGUGUCUGUCUGUGUCUGUCUGUGGCUGUCUGGCUGGCUGUCUGGCUGUCUGUCUGUCUGUGUCUGUCUGUGUCUGUCUGUGUCUGUCUGUGUCUGUCUGUGUCUGUCUGUGUCUGGCUGUGUGUGGCUGUGUCUGUCUGUGUCUGUCUGUGUCUGUCUGUGUCUGGCUGUGUCUGUCUGGCUGGCUGUCUGGCUGUCUAUUUGUCUGGCUGUCUGUCUAUUUGUCUAUUUGUCUGGCUGUCUAUGUCUGUCUGUCUGUCUGUCUGUCUGUCUGUAAGGUUGUAGUACUGGAAUCAGCUUGAAUCAGCCUGGCCUCCUUCUCGCUUUUCACUAGUUAUCUGCAUCCGUGUAGUCGUUGGCUGCCUAACAAGCAUCAGCUCAGUAAAGAUCAAUGAAUAGUUUUCUUCAGAGAGAGAAUGGAACAAUGAGAGGAAAAGAAACACAUGUUUUUAUAGUAUUUCCAGACUUGCUUUUUGUACAUUGUUUAACCUUUUAGAAACACAAAGAAAAAGUGAAUGGUGUGUGUUUCAGCGAGGUCAAAGUUUGUGUUUUUCAGACAGCGAGGAGCAAUGCUUGGUAAUCUGUUGGACAGACAGGUAUAUCUGACCGCCUGGACUCAACUGUAGUGCCCAAACACAUCUUUAGACAAAGACUUGAUGACUCUGUGGAGUCUCAUGGUGUCAGUACAAAUAAAUGGGAUGUUUAUUUUUUAA